CUGCGCUGCUGAUGGUUUAACAAAGUUAAACGUCACAUCUAAUGUGGAGCAUCAGAGGCAUGUGCUGCUGAUUUCACCCUGAAUGGAGCAUUAUCCGUACAUGCUCACUGUCACGCUGCUCAAGUCUGAGAAAACAAACUCUCCUUUAGUUCAGAGCAUCUGUGUAGCUCUUUCAUUUUGUUCAAACUGACGAUAUUUAGACACAACCAUUUUUUUAAAAAAAGGGGGAAAAAAUCCAAAUCAGAAAAAAUGGAUUAAAUUGUUUUUGGGCUGAUGACACUGGUGGGAAAGAGGGAGGAACUGAUGGGGGAAAGACAACAUUCCAACUUCUGAAAUUGACUUGACGUCCUUGAAAGUUUAUCCCUUUGUUUAUUCUCCUUGUUGGGGACCUUCUCAAAGCAGAGGAGCACAUGGAUGAAUGGAAAUCAUGGCAAAAAUCCAGGCUGUGUGAAUGUGUUGUCUGGUCCAUACCCAACGUCUCAUGACUUCUGAAGAAGCAUUUAAGGCUGUCUGGGAAGGUGUGGCCUGCCAGAACUGAGAGAAAUCUGAAGACUCUAAUCCUCCCAAUCGCACUGAACAAUGUCAAUCCCUCAAACGUCAGUCGUGGCCGUUAGGUCUUUAGGAGACAAUCCAGUCCAGAUAGCUUGUCCACAGUGCCAUCAAACAGUCUUAUCCAAGGUGGACCACUCUGCUGGUUUACUCACCUACCUUCUCUGUGGAGGACUCUUCUUUUGUGGGUUUGUUUUGGGGUGCUGCCUCAUCCCGUUCUGUGUGGAUCGCGUGAAAGAUGCCAAGCACACCUGCCCCUCCUGCAAAACUGUCCUCGGAAUUUAUAAACGCUUAUAGAUUUUUUUGACAUUUAGCAAACAAAUAACCAGUCAAUUUAUUCAUUAGGUGAUCUAAAUGUAAACUUUUCCCACUUUUUGCUUCCAUUCACCAACAGUUCGUCUGUUUUGAAGAGCAAUUUCUCUGUUUGUUUCAUGUACAUUUAAUUAAAAUACUUUUUAAUGUUUUUAUAGUUUGAAGGUGGGUCAGCUUUGUAAAGAAUUCAAUGAAAGGGUUCAUCCUUUUUUAAUACAAAGGUUAUCUUUAUGAACCAAAAUGAAUCUUUCAGUUCUGUAAAAAUGUCAAACAGAACCAAAAAACGUUUUUUUAGAAUAGACUGAUUGUCCUCCACAGUCUGUCCUUCUGCAGGUAGGCCACGCCUACCAAUGAGUAAAGUCCUCAUUUAAAAAUCCAAUAGUCUCUUUUACCUUUUUUAAAAGUAAGCUACAUGUAUUUUGGUGACAGAUGAAAAAAUAUAUAUUUUUAAUGCUUUUAUUAAUGAAACAACAGAUCCAAUAUUACAAGUGUUGUGGUAUUACAUGUUUAUUGUUACAGUUUUUUAAUAUACCUUUCUAGCUAAUAGUAUUUUUAAAAGUAUUUUUGAGCUAGAACACAUUAUUCAUCUUGUAAAUUUGAAAAGAAUGGAGAAAAAUAAAGUAAGUGAUUAUUUGACAAGUACAGUUUUAAAAAGAUAAUCCAUACAUUUAACCUGUUAUUAUUUAUGAGACAUUUUCUUCACAAAGAAAAUAUUUAACAUUUUGCUUGAAUUAGUCAGCAAUGAUAAUACAUUUUCUGAUUAAAAUAAAGAUGUGUUAAUCCAGUCAUUCAAAAUAUUGUUCAUAUUGUGAUGAGCUGAGAAGUGACAAGGAUCGCCAGGAAAAUAAGGAAGGAGAAUCCGGCGUCUGCUUGAAUUCGGACUCCGCUGACUGAAACACAAAGACUUCUUUUAGGAACCAACCACGUAUUUGAGAUAUUUAAAUGUUUGUGAUAUUUCAUUGUACAGACAUCACUAUCCAGGUCUUUCAAUGGCAUUAUUAGCUCCAUGAAGCUUGUUGUGUCAGACUUGAGAUUUUCUACUCUUACCCUCAAGUCAGACCAACUAACUGUUUUACAAUGAAAGGAAUGUUGUUCACCCAUACAGUUCCUCUAAACUGUAGGGGAAUUCUGAGCCAGCAGAGAGACUUGGACCGAAUACAUACUAGCAAUAAAAGUAAUAAUAUUGUACUAAAAAGGUUGGAGCAAAAAAAAAAGAAAAAAAA